AUGGUCUCGUGGGUAAGGCACCGGGAUAUCCACCUGCUAACGGUCGGAAGGUACACCUACACCUCAGACCAGAGGUUCAGAGCCAUACAUCACCAGAGUACCGAAGACUGGAGCCUCCAGAUCAAAUAUCCUCAGCACAGGGACUCCGGUAUAUACGAGUGUCAGAUCAGCACUACGCCGCACAUGUCCCACUUCAUUCAUCUCAACGUAGUCGGUGAGUACUUUAUGAAUAUCAAGGCUCUUACUGAGAUAGAUAAGUUAUUCCAUCUGCUAGGUCCAGUGCUGAUGCAGAGAAUUGGAUUAGCGUUGCUGAGUUCAGCUUCUUUGAAGGUUGUCUUUCAGCGUCGAGCGAUCGCCUCCCGCGGAGUGGUACUAA